ACUUCCAUACCAGUGGGGUGGAUUUAUUUUAUCUCUUCACUUCUCUUCUCCGUCCAAUCCAUCCGCUUCACAUUUUCCUCCUCCUGCUCUCUCUCUCUCUCUCUCUCUCUCUCCAACUAAUCACUCACUGGUUCACAGCAGACUGGGGUUUCAUCAUUGUUGAUUCUCAAACCGAUUACUUCUUCGUGUGUAUAUAUAGCGUCCACGCAUCUUGUUCUCAGGGCAACAAAAAAAUUGCUUGGCGCCUUCGGCUAUGGCAGCAGCCACGUUCUGCUCCAUAAGCCAUGGCUAUGGCGUCAACAAGGUCAACUAUUACCUUUCCAACAGGCGCAAUAUCAACAGUAUCAGGAUUUAUCAAGUAUUAUCUCUUCCAGAUGCGGGUCAACGGGCAUUAUGCACAAGAACAUGUUUCAACGAGACAGCCAUAAGGCAAUUACAUUCUGAAGGAGUGCAUCAUGGAACCCUGUUGAAGUGUAGAGCAGAGCAUACUGAGAGUAGUAUUGAAGAAGAAAAGGAAGAAAGAAUCUCUACAGCAACUUUGAUAUGGAGAGCCAUCAAACUACCAAUGUACACUGUUGCUUUGGUUCCUAUAACGGUAGGAAGUGCAGCAGCUUAUAUGCAAACAGGUCAGUAUUUUGGAGAGCGUUAUCUUAAGCUAGUGGUUUCUUCGGUUUUCAUCAUAGCAUGGCUCAACUUAAGCAAUGACGUUUAUGAUUUUGACACUGGAGCAGAUAAAAAUAAGAAAGAAUCAGUUGUUAAUCUAGUUGGCAGGACAGGAACUCAUAUUUUAGCUUGGUUACUACUUGCACUUGGUCUAGCGGGCCUCACUCGGGUGUCCUUAGAAGCUGGAAGUGUACGCUCCAUAUCUCUGCUUGCUUACGCCAUAAUUUGUGGUUACAUUUACCAGUGUCCUCCAUUUCGCUUGAGUUAUCUGGGACUUGGAGAGCCUUUAUGCUUCGCAGCAUUUGGUCCAUUUGCGACCACAGCAUUUUACUGGCUUCAGGGGGGGCCGAGGGAGAUGUCACUUUCCAGCACUAUUCUUUCUUCAUCGAUUCUUGUUGGUUUAACAACAUCAUUGAUCCUCUUCUGCAGUCAUUUUCAUCAGAUAGACGACGAUAAAGCUGUUGGAAAACGUUCCCCUUUGGUCAGACUUGGAACUGAAGGAGGUGCGAAAGCAGUGAAAGUGGCUGUGGGGUUGCUCUAUUCGCUUCUAUUUAUUCUGGGACUUGGGCAAACUCUUCCUUUCUCAGCAGUUGUUCUCGGUGCUUUAACAUUACCAAUGGGGAAAUUAGUAGUCAGGUUUGUGGAGGAGAACCACCGGGAGAAGAGGAAGAUAUUCAUGGCGAAAUAUUACUGCGUGAGAUUGCACACACUGUUUGGAGGUGCAUUGGCUGCUGGACUGUUUGCUGCUAGAUUCUUUGCAAGAAAGCAACUUCCUCAUGCCAUCAUUCUUUCACCCUGAAUUACCCUAACCCCACUCCCACUACCAUUCUCCUUGUUUAAUUUACAUACAUAUAUAUCUUUUAUUCAAGAAUUUACUUCUAUAGGAAUAUUUGAAGAUUGACUCAGGGUAAAAAGAAAAGUUUUUACUCAAA